AUGUCAUCGCUUGAUGGUAAUGACAUUAAUCAGAUUAUGGGUAAUGAUUGGGAUUAUUUUCAUCAUCCAGCUAUUGGAAUCUCGGGUGGAAUUAUAGUGAUGUGGAAGAAGGAUACGACUUCCUUUGAAGUCUUGAAUCACUCCUCACAACUGGUUAUGGGAAUUCUUAGUGUCAACAAUAUGGGUAAAUGGAACAUUGCUACGGUCUAUGGAAGUAAUGAUGCUUAUACUCGUAAGUCCCUUUGCAAACAGCUUGAAGAUUGUAUGAUUGGGGAUGAUCCAGGGAUCAUUGGAGGUGAUUUCAAUUGCAUCCUCUCUAAGGAGGAUAAGAGAGGGGGAAAGAGAUUCCAUCUUUCUAAUGGUACUAAAGAUAUGAAGAUGUUCUUAAUGAACAAUGAUUUUCAUGAUAUUGGAUUUGUGGGUCCAAGUUAUACAUGGUGCAAUAAUAAAGAGGGAACUUCCAGAAUUUGGGAGAGACUUGAUAGGUGUUUGUUAAAUUCUACAGCUCUUCAAAGCAUCCCAAUGGCUAAGGUACGUCACUUGCCUAGUGUUGCUUCGGAUCAUGCACCUAUUGCCAUCAGUUUGGUAGAACCGCAAAAGCAGAAUUUUGUUGUUUUAAGGUUUGAAUAUACUUGGAAAUCCUAUCCGGGCACUUGGAACAUCAUUUCAAAAGCUUGA